AUGUCGGAAAUGAUCUUUCGGUAUCAUCCUAUCACAUUCCUAUGUUUAUCUGGUGGUCAAGGAGAUGAAUUAGAUUCCAAAUUUCUCUCUCCCUGGAUUCUUUCUAUCAGACAUUCAGUUCAAAUGCUCCUGGAAAUGUCCAAAUUUCUCUUACCCAAUGUUUUUGUUCCGACUUACAGUUUUAAUUUUCUAACUCAGGCAUUGGAGGCACCGGCUCCAUCUCCGGCGUCCUCGGCGGCGACGACGUCGUUUCCGAAGCCCCAUUUCUCGAUCCCCUCUGAAACCAUUUAUGACUCAUCUUCAUCAUCAUUUUCAUGGUCCUCUUCCUCCUCAUCCUCUUCAGCAAUGGCCAACCCAACUCUCCGCCCCCCAAUUUUUCGAGCCUCAGCGCUCAUCGCCGGCAAGCUGGUGGCCCUCUUGAUAGGACUCGAAGUGAAAGUGGGUAGAGGCGGCGGAGGCGGUGAAAGGUUGAGUUUUCGAGCUCUUGGGUCUGUUGAGUUUUCAAGCUCUUGGGUCUGUUGGAGGAUUUCGAGCUCUUGGGUCUGUUGGGUUUUCGAGUUCUGGGCAGAGAGAGGGAGGGAGAUAGGAGGAGAGAGAGAAAGUAGGGAAUUUUUUGUUUUUAAAAAUCUAAUUUAA